CCCUCAUAUCUCAUUGUGUCGCUCACUUGGAGAGGAAUAUUAGGGUUUGCAAAUUGGAGGGUGUUGAUGAGGGAAAGCUCCCCUAUGUUUGGACUUGUUAACUAAACAAUUCCUUGGUGCAAGGUGUAUGCUGUAUCAAUUGUCCUUGAAAAUGUCUACGGAUUCUUCAAAGAAGCAAAAUGAGUUUGGACCCGAUUAUUUUGGUUACUACAAGCAUCUGCUUCUUGAGCUAUUUUCCAGUAAGGAGGACUUAACUUUUCCUGUACCUGGACCGGAUGAACCAUCUGAUGGAUUCUCCGAAGGAGUCCAAGGCAUUCAUAAACAAGGCGUAGGUGGAAAUGACAAAAGCUACUGUGGUUUGGUUUCAUUUUUCGCUGAAGGAAUCGGCGGAGGUCUUUCAGACUACAAAAAGGAAAGGUUGAAGGCAAUUCUCCAUGAGACUGCUGUUUGUCUUAAUCACGAAGCUGAUGAGAUGCUCAGUCAUAUUGUAGCAGCUUGCCAGAUUGAAUCAGAUAGAAGAGAAAAGGAGCAGUCAUCGUGCUAUGCAAAUGCAACAGAUGACAAUUUGACUGGCGGCACGCUUUGCAGUAAAAAGAGAAAAGCGUCUUCUUCUCCCAAUGUAAAUACUUCUGAUGGCUUUGCUGAUUUUACAAGUUCUGAAAUUGUCCGACAGGUGUGUAGAGAUAUCCAGGCUAAACAAGGAAAUGGUGAAAUAUGUGAGGAAGCUGUGAAAAAGGACUCCUCUGAAUUAUUAACCAAGAUUUGCAAGAUGGAGCAGGAUCUUGACGAACUCCUGAAUGAAGUGGUGUCUCAAUGCAGACCAAUGACUAAUGCUGAGAAGCAACAGCUUGGCAGGCGAAUACAGAAGCUUCCCCCAAAGGCUCUUGAUCGUGUUGUGGAGAUCUACCAAAUUAGAAAUUCUUCCGUGAGACAACAUUCUGAUAGCUUGUUCAUUAAUUUGGAAGAGCAGGAUAAUGUGACUCUCUGGAGGCUAUACUACUAUGUGGAAACUGCACUGAAAGCGAAUAAGCUGUGAAGUCAUACGUUUGGUAGAACAUUUGACUCUACCAUUUUACCUCUGAUAACCAUUGAAGUUCGCAGCUUGUACAGCAACCGAAAUUGUGACAUGGCAUAAAAGGAAAAUGACUAAGAUGGAGGACUUACCGCAUCAGUUACAACUAUAAUCAAUAGUUAACAAUAUAAUUUUUUCUGUUUUUGAGAGCAUUAAAUUGUGUUAGUUAUAGCUGAUGCAAACCGGAUAUGUUUGUUGCUCAUCGUACUAUUGAGAAGCCUAUAUUAUGUGUAGUUAUCCAAUAUAUUGACUCGCAUUUUCAGUAAAUAUUUCUGAUCAUAUGGAAGCGAUCUUAGAUUUC